CGUCGUGCAGUCCUAUAACCCCUGAUGGCGGUGGUAGGGAUCUGGGCGCGGCGCCGCGGUGAUUGAGCUGCGAGCCUGGCGGGCGGGCGCCUAGCCACGUUCCCCCCACCCCACCCCCACCCCCGGGCUCUUCACCCUGAUGCUGCACGGGUGCUGAGCCCGCCCGGGUCGGGACGAUGGUGAAGUAUUUCCUGGGCCAGAGCGUGCUCCGAAGUUCCUGGGACCAAGUGUUCGCUGCCUUCUGGCAACGGUACCCGAAUCCCUAUAGCAAACAUGUCUUAACCGAAGACAUAGUGCACCGGGAGGUGACCCCCGACCAGAAGCUACUGUCCCGGAGACUCCUGACCAAGACCAACAGGAUGCCACGUUGGGCAGAGCGACUGUUUCCUGCCAACGUUGCUCACUCCGUGUACAUCCUGGAGGACUCUAUUGUGGACCCCCAGAAUCAGACCAUGACCACCUUCACCUGGAACAUCAACCAUGCCCGGCUGAUGGUGGUGGAGGAACGAUGCGUUUACUGUGUGAACUCUGACAAUAGCGGCUGGACCGAAAUCCGUCGGGAAGCCUGGGUCUCCUCUAGCUUAUUUGGCGUCUCCAGAGCUGUCCAGGAAUUUGGUCUUGCCCGGUUCAAAAGCAAUGUGACCAAGACAAUGAAGGGCUUUGAAUACAUCCUGGCCAAGCUACAAGGUGAGGCCCCUUCCAAAACCCUUGUUGAGACAGCCAAAGAGGCCAAAGAGAAAGCAAAGGAGACCGCACUGGCAGCUACAGAGAAGGCCAAGGACCUGGCCAACAAGGCCGCCACCAAGCAGCAGCAGCGGCAGCUCGUUUAACUCGCUUCUUCUCCCUCUCCCCAGUGUACGUGAUUAUUAAAGAGCAACCUGCAGCCCUCUCUGCUGUCUGGGGUGGUGGGUCAGGGCCCUGUCCUGGUCAGCAUCUGCACCACACCCAGCUCUGUCUGCCGGGCAGAGGGGUGCAGUGACUUGCCCAAGGUCACUGCUUGCGCAGGUGAUAGACUGUACGCUCCAAGAGGGCAGGGCUCCUUGUUUUAUUCUCUGCUGUGUCCCAAGUACCCUGAACAAUAUUUAGCACAUAACAGGCACUCAAUAAACACAUGAUUUGAUUAGCCCCA